CGUGACCCGCCGCCGCCGCCGCGCCAGCCCGCGAGGGAUCCCGGGGGAGCCGCUGCAGGCCCAGCGCGCGUGCGCGGAGAAUUCACAGACCUCCUGCCACAGACAGAGGCUCGGCUGCUGUUCCCAGAAGUCCAUCACUGCAUCUCCUGCGAAGCCAGGCUGCCUCCCAGCCAUAAUCCUAGGGCCGGCUGCUUCUGGGAGACUGAGACCCCUCUAACUGCCAGCUUUUGGCUCAAGGACCCCCCAGCCCUGUGGCCUUGCCCAGACUUCCUUAACCUGCACAGCUGUCUGCAGCGCUUCUUGGACCCACCGCCCUCCCGGGGAGGGAGGUCAGACUUGCGUGGGUGUGAUGGCUCUCCCAGCCCUCCCCGGCAACCUCCCCAUUUCCUCUCAGACAUAAAAAGGACUCCUCUAGUAAAAUCCGCACAUGUUUAGUCCCAUGUGGAUGUCUGCUGCUCCUUGGAGGAGCUGGACCAACAGUGUUCCCUAUAAAGUAUUUAGAACGUGCAGGUGAGCACAGCACAGGUGGUAACAGCCCUGGCACGGGAGUCACCAGGUGAGGCUCCGGUGCAGCUGCUGCGACAGAGACCCCGAACCAGACCCGCGUGACAGGUAGUCUCCCCCACUUGACCGCAGGGGCCAGUCCUGGGGCCAUCCACGAGUAGGCCCCUGGGCUGCAGUGGCUGAGACCCAUCACAGGCUAUGUCCGCAUCCCCGUCAGCCGGGGAGGCACGGAGCGGGCUGCGCUUCCGCCCCACUGGCCAGGACGUAGUCACCUGGGCCACAGCCUCCACACAGGGGCGGGACUUACUCCCUCUACUGUCGGAGCUUGUUCGUUCCGCUUGUCAGCCUGUCCCGUGGGUCUUUGUGCGUUAUUAAGUCAUUUUUACAGACGUUCUAAAUGUGUUUCGUUUGGGACAUAUCUAAAGAUUUCAAAUCCACUGCCACUACCCUGUUUGGGACUUUUCUCUUUUUCCUUUUUCUUCCCUCCCCCACGUCGGCCCUGCUUCCUCAGCAGACCUCACCUCCGCCCUGGGGGCUGUCCAUGGGCCACAGGUUCCUGUCUGGAAGCUGCUUUGAGAGGCCCCCGAGGCCCCAGCCACCCCUCCUGCCAUCCCAUUGAGCCUGGUUCCUGUCUGCAGGCCUCCAGGACCCGCUGCCCACAGCACCCAGACAUGAGGUGGCCGUCCUGCUCCCACACCCUGCAGGGGGUCUGCGCCCUUGCCUCCUUGGUCCUCCUGGGGCACAUCCUGCUGUACAGCUUCGCAGUGGCCCCCCGAGAGCUGUGCAGCUUCUCCCGAGCACCCGAGGAGAUGUACCAAGCUCGCCAGCUGGGAGCCAGUGGCCUAGGGCCCCGGCCCGCCCCAGGGCACCAAGGCAGCCCCAGGGCAGCGCCCACACGGUGUGACCUGCCCCCCGCUGGCCGCUUCGACUGUGCCCCAGACAAGGCCAUCACCCGGGAGCAGUGCGAGGCCCGGGGCUGCUGCUACGUGCCCGCGAGGCAGCGGCCUCCCGGGGCCCAGAUGGGGCAGCCCUGGUGCUUCUUCCCUUCCGGCUACCCCAGUUACAAGCUGGAGAACCUGACCACCACGGAGACGGGCUACACAGCCACCCUGACGCGCACCACCCCGACCUUCUUCCCCAAGGACAUCAUGACCUUACGGCUGGAUGUGCUGAUGGAGACGGAGAGCCGGCUCCACCUCACGAUCAAAGAUCCCGCCAACAGGCGCUACGAAGUGCCCUUGGAGACCCCGCGUGUCCACAGCCGGGCGCCGUCCACGCUCUACAGUGUGGCGUUCUCGGAGGACCCCUUUGGGGUGGUCGUGCGGCGGAAGCUGGAUGGACGGGUGCUGCUGAACACCACCGUGGCUCCCCUGUUCUUUGCCGACCAGUUUCUGCAGCUGUCCACCUCCCUGCCAUCCCAGCACAUCACAGGCCUUGCCGAACACCUCGGGCCCCUGAUGCUCAGCACCAACUGGACCAAGGUCACCCUCUGGAAUCGGGACAUCGCCCCCGUGCCUGAUGUGAACCUGUACGGGUCCCACCCUUUCUACCUGGUGCUGGAGGACGACGGGUCAGCUCACGGGGUCUUCCUGCUGAACAGCAAUGCCAUGGACGUGGUCCUGCAGCCAAGCCCAGCCCUCAGCUGGAGGUCGACAGGCGGGAUUCUGGACUUGUACGUCUUCCUGGGCCCGGAGCCCAAGAACGCAGUGCAGCAGUACCUGGACAUCGUGGGCCACCCGUUCAUGCCGCCGUACUGGGGCCUGGGCUUCCACCUGUGUCGCUGGGGCUACUCCUCCACCGCCAUCACCCGCCAGGUUGUGGAGAACAUGACCAGGGCCCAUUUCCCCCUGGACGUCCAGUGGAACGACGUGGACUACAUGGACGCCAGGAGGGACUUCACUUUCAACAAGGACGGCUUCGGGGACUUCCCGGCCAUGGUGCAGGAGCUCCACCAGGGCGGCCGGCGGUACAUGCUGAUCGUCGAUCCUGCCAUCAGCAGCUCCAGCCCCGCCGGGACCUACCGCCCCUACGACGAGGGCCUGCGGCGGGGGGUCUUCAUCACCAACGAGACCGGGCAGCCUCUGAUUGGGAAGGUGUGGCCCGGACUCACCGCCUUCCCCGACUUCACCAACCCCGAGGCCCUAGGCUGGUGGCAGGACAUGGUGGGCGAGUUCCACGCCCAGGUGCCCUUCGAUGGCAUGUGGAUUGACAUGAACGAGCCAUCCAACUUCGUGAGGGGCUCUGUGGACGGCUGCCCCAACAGUGACCUGGAGAACCCGCCCUACGUGCCAGGGGUGGUCGGCGGGACUCUCCGGGCAGCCACCAUCUGCGCCUCCAGCCAGCAGUUCCUCUCCACGCACUACAACCUGCACAACCUGUAUGGCCUGACCGAGGCCUUCGCCUCCCACAGAGCCCUGGUGAAGGCUCGGGGGAGGCGGCCCUUCGUGAUCUCUCGCUCAACCUUUGCUGGCCACGGCCGAUUCGCUGGCCACUGGACAGGGGACGUGUGGAGCAGCUGGGAGCAGCUCUCCUACUCCGUGUCAGCCAUCCUGCUUUUCAAUCUGGUGGGGGUGCCCCUGGUGGGGGCGGACGUCUGCGGCUUCCUGGGCAACACCUCGGAGGAGCUGUGCGUGCGCUGGACCCAGCUGGGGGCCUUCUACCCCUUCAUGCGGAACCACAACGACCUCAGCAGCCUGCCGCAGGAGCCGUACAGGUUCAGCGAGACGGCGCAGCAAGCCAUGAGGAAGGCCUUGGGCCUGCGCUACGCGCUCCUGCCCCACCUCUACACGCUGUUCCACGGGGCCCACGUCAGGGGCGAGACCGUGGCUCGGCCCCUCUUCCUGGAGUUCCCCAGAGACCCCCGCACCUGGACCGUGGACCACCAGCUCCUGUGGGGGGAGGCUCUGCUCAUCACUCCAGUCCUCGAGGCCGGGAAGGUUGAGGUCACUGGCUACUUCCCCCGAGGCACGUGGUAUGACCUGCAGAUGGUGCCAGUUCAGGCCUUUGGCAGCCAUCCACUUCCGCCCGCUGCACCCCUAACAUCCAUCAUCCACAGUGAGGGGCAGUGGGUGAUGCUACCCGCCCCACUGGACACCAUCAACCUCCACGUCCGGGCCGGUCACAUCAUCCCCAUGCAGGGCCCAGGCCUCACAACCACAGAGUCCCGCAAACAGCCCAUGGCCUUGGCCGUGGCACUGACCCCGAGCGGGGAGGCCCGAGGGGAGCUGUUCUGGGACGACGGGGAGAGCCUGGGGGUGCUGGAGCGCGGGGCUUACACGCAGGUCAUCUUUCUGGCUGGAAACAACACUGUCGUGAACCAGUUGGUGCGUGUGAGCAGCGAGGGGGCCAGCCUGCAGCUGAGGAAGGUGAUCGUCCUUGGGGUGGCCAUGGCCCCCCAGCAGGUCCUCUGCAACGGCGUUCCUGUCUCUAACUUCACCUACAGCCCUGACACUGAGACCCUGGACAUCCCUGUCUCACUGAUGAUGGGAAAGCAGUUUCUCAUCAGUUGGUCUUAACUCAGGGCCCAGUGGUGUGUGGUCCCUUAGACUUCCCAGCGGCUCAGCACUGCGUGCCCUCGGUCAGCCGUGUGAGGGCCUAGUGUCACAUGGCGCUGACUUCCCUGAACACCCGAACCUGCUUGUGAGUCUGCUUCCCCGGCUCUGGGCCAGAGGCUCGUCUGAGUUGUUUGCAUAGAUCCCAGUCGGCACAGGGCCCCGAAGGUGCCGUUUGGAAUGCUGCACUGGAAGGUUUGCCUCUCCGGGCGGGGCCUGUCACUGUGACGUGUGCACCGCCAGCCACCGCUGCCUGCCCGUGGCACAGAGGUGGUGCUUGGGAUGCGUGGUACCUGCACCCCAGGGUCCCACCACGGGCGGCUCUACUGCUGCCCUGACCUGAUGGAAGCAGACCUGGGGCCGCUGCCCCACACAGGUGGGGCUGUCCUCCAGUCUGAGGAGGGGCCUGGGGACUCGGCAGAACUCACAGGGUUUGGGACACCCUUCAUCUAAAGUGCAAUUGUUUUUAGUAAAAGGGGCAUCUGCGAUGCUUCUGCUGAAGCUUCUGCUGGUCCUUCUGGGAUUCGGGGUAGGGAGGCUGUGUCUCCAGACUGACACAGCAACAGCCCCUCCAGCCUCGGUGGGCCCUGGACUUGCCCGGGUGGGCGAGUGCUGCGCUGUGCUCUCAAAGCAGCAUCAUUGUGCGCCCACAUCACCGCACACCCCCAUGUCACCCGGCCUAAGGUGACUCGAGGACACAGCUGGGCCUGGUGCCACAGGCACAGUGGGAGAUGGGCCCCCCACCCCAAGGACCGUGUGGAUAAAGCUACCUCCCACCCCCUUCCCCAGGCAACCACUUGGUCAGCAUAGUUUAUGUUUUCUGGAAUUUUGUAUAAAUGGAGUCGCAUAGCAUACACGUUUUGUCUAACAUUACUCAGAGAUUCAUCCACGUUGUGUGUGCUUUUUCACUGCCCAACAGCUUUCCACCGCAUGGAGAAUUUUAACAGACGUUAAGAUUGUUUGCAGUUUCUGGCUACUGUGAAUAAAGAUGUGGUAAGCAGUC